AUGAACAUUGUUCUUGUGAUGCUUCAGAAGCUUUCCAAAGGCUUUCUGAAGCCUCACAAGAACAGUGCAUAUGAUUUUGAGACUAGUGAGAGUAGCCUUCUCGUGAGGUUUCAGAAGGCCUCAGAAGCUUUUCAAAAGCAGGGGUUUUGUGCUGCUGGGGUGGCUGGCCAUGACAUUGGGCUUGACGUUUUUGGUGUCAGCAGGGCUGGGGCUGAAGUAGAGACAAGAUUGAGACUGCUAAAGGCUCUGAAGCUCUCCCAUUAUGGCAGUGAAAACAGCAUGUCAUAUACUAUGUGGAAUUUAGCUGGAACUCCUAAUGUGUAUCCUAGCUCAGGUGACUUUACACAAACCGCUGUGUUUAGGACCUAUGGAAAAUGGUGGGAUAUGUGCCCUAGUGCGCGAAUACCAUUUAUGAGGACGCCACCCAAUUUCCAAAGCCAGGACUAUGUAGAACUUGCAUUUGAGGAACAAGUGUAUCCUACAGCCAUACAUAUUUUGGAAACGUAUCAUCCUGGUGCAGUGGUUAGGAUUUUGGCAUGUUCUGCAAGUCCUUAUUCACAAAAUCAGCCCAGUGAAGUAAGGUGGGAAAUCCUUUGGUCAGAGCUACCUUCCAAGGUGAAUUUGCCUCAGGCACGUCAGUUUACGCCUAAUAUCAAACAAAUAAAUUUUCCUACAAAUUUAAUCCGUUUGGAAAUAAACAGUUCCCUUCUGGAUUAUUAUACUGAGUUUGAUGCUGUAGUGCUACAUGGUUUAAGAGAGAGACCUAUGCAUUCACUCAGUACUCUGGUUAUUGAUAUGAAUGAUCUAGAUGACGAUGAAGAAGGGGAGAGAGAAAGUUAUAACAGCAUGGACAGUCUCAACAAGCAGUUUAGCACUGCUGCCUUCAAAGACUGGACAUCUAAUGGAUACUUUGAUAAAUUGCCUUAUGAGCUCAUCCAGUUGAUUUUGAGUCACCUUACAGUUCCGGAUCUAUGUAGACUAUCACAGACAUGUAAGCUACUAUAUCAACAUUGUUGUGAUCCACUACAAUAUAUUCAUCUCAGUUUGCAACCAUAUUGGGCAAGGAUUAAUGACACAGCUUUAGAAUAUCUGCAGUCUCGUUGUAUCCUGGUCCAGUGGCUUAAUUUAUCUUGGACUGGGAACAGAGGAACCAUUUCAUUUUCUGCUUUUAGCAGGUUCCUGAAAGUUUGUGGUUCAGAACUAGUACGCCUGGAAUUGUCUUGUGGCCAUUUCCUCAAUGAGGCUUGUUUGGAAGUUAUUGCUGACACAUGUUUAAAUUUGCAGGAAUUAAAUCUCUCCUCCUGUGAUAAAAUUCCAUCUCAGGCUUUCAACCACAUUGCCAAAUUGUGCAACAUUACACGUUUAAUUCUUUAUCGAACAAAAAUAGAGCAAACAGCACUGCUCAGCAUUCUGAACUUCUGUUUAGAACUUCAGCACCUCAGCCUGGGAAGCUGUGUGAGGAUUGAGGACUAUGACACAAUAGCUAGCAUGAUGGGAGCCAAAUGCAAAAAACUUCGAACAUUGGAUUUAUGGCGAUGUAAAAACAUUUCUGAAAAUGGAUUAGCAGAGCUGGCUGCUGGCUGUCCACUGUUGGAGGAGCUUGAUCUUGGCUGGUGCCCGACUCUCCAGAGCAGCACAGGAUGCUUUGCAAAACUUGCCCGAAAAUUACCAAAUUUGCAAAAGCUUUUUCUGACAGCUAACCGGUCUGUGUGUGAUUCUGACAUUGAAGAACUUGCUGCAAACUGUACAAAUCUUCGGCAGCUUGAUAUUUUGGGGACAAGAAUGGUAAGCCCGGCUUCCCUAAGAAAAUUGCUGGAGUCUUGUAAAGAAUUGUCCUUACUCGAUGUGUCCUUCUGUUCACAAAUCGAUCACCGAGUUUUCCUAGAACUGAAUGCCAGCUUCCCUAAUGUGCUCAUCAAGAAGAGCUUCACUCAGUGACACAAUUCACAUGUUGCUACAUAGAACCGAUCUGAUGAUUCUGCUUGCUGGGAAUUUCUAAUGAUUUUUUUUUUCAAAGAGAAAAUAUAUAUUUUUGUGAAGCAUGGGGGGGAAAGGUUGAUUCUUAAUAUGAAGGUAAAAUAUGGAAGAUUUAAAUAAUGGUCUUAAUAAUAAUAAUAAUUGUAUUCCUCAUACAAGACUUGCCAAAUGAUUCCAGUUGAAAGUAUCUUGUAAAUGUUAGAAGAUAUACGCUUAAAUGUUUGUAAAGCAUUUAAUCUUAGUAGGAUAUUAGUAGUAAAACAAUACAGUUGAGAAGUGAAAGAUAAAAUCAUUUUAAGUUUUGACGUUCACUUUUAAGAUAUAACCAUUGGAAGGACUUAGAACCUGAAUGUCUCGAAGUAUGAAACCUAUUUUAUUCAA